AUGGCUGGGUCGAAUUGCAUCACGACCCGACCUUUUGAGGGAAAAUGCCAACAAAAACCAGAACCCAGAUUUGCUUUUACUUCUCCCUUGCCGUGCUCCAUUUCCAGGGCUCGGCGCGCCACUCGAUGCGGCGAUCUUCUCGAUUUCCACGGUUUUUAUAUCGCCUUUUCUUGUCGGGAGAUUGAGCUAGCACGGCAUUCAAGCCCUUUUUCAGCUUGA